AUGCAUUCUACUCGUCCCUACUACUCUUCAAACGCCUAUUCGUCUAAUGUCGUAGAUAUUGGCGACCCUUAUGUCGUGUCCCAGCAGCCUAUGGCCAGCACGUCCAUGGUCACUCUACAGCAGACCUCAUCAUACGCCAGUGAUCAAGUCGCCUACAAGAAGCGAAAGAUCGAACGGGCCUGUGAUGCUUGCCGCCGUAGAAAGACUAAGUGUGAUGGCCCGCACAUGCCUGACAAUAUCUGUACCAACUGUACACAGAACCGCAAGACCUGUUCUUACGUCGAGGCUUCCAAGCCUAGAGGUCCUCCAAAGGCAUACAUCACCGGUCUCGAGGACAGGUUGGAAAGAAUGGAGGCACUUUUAAAGCGGGUGCGUAAACCUUACGUCAAUUCACCCCCGCGCGGCGUGUUGGGUGUCUCGAGACUCCGCCCUGAAGCUGACUUCUCGGAAGAGCUUGGUUCACCAGUUAUCCGUGAUUCAUGGAAACAUGAUACAGAACCGCAGCACCGUCUUUCCCCUCAUGAAAAAUCAUCAUCACCAAUCGCUCCUUUGCGAGCUCAUGGGUCUCCUUCUGUCGGUGCUGGCUUACCUGUUGGUUCAUCUGGCACUAGUAUUAGGAGUCGGCGUUCCGCUGGCACCCCUCGCACUGAUACUGACUUAUCAUCGGACGCGAACACAUCCUCGGAGAGUGAAGAAGUUGGCGAACUGAGUCUUUCCCGCGGCAUGAAGCGUCUAACCAUUCGUGGGCUUGAGCCUGCCCAGGAACAUUCCUCAUUGGUGGAUAGUCAAGUUCGCUUCCAUGGCAAGAGUAGCUGCUUCAAACUCAUCGAACCAACUCGAAAACUCCGGGAAGAACACAUGAACCGCAUAAUUCAAGAGUCAUACUCGACUGAUGUUGAGAGUGGGCAGGGCUGUCGCAGCUCACCAGAAUCGACGAGUUCUGUCAGUUUUACACCAAUACGACGGCCAGAAUUCUGGACCACGCCUUCAUGGGAACUUGCUUUCGAAGGUUUCCAAGACAGGCUCGAGACCCUCUGCCACUCGCUAACAAAGGAAUUCCCUUCUCCUGACUUGGCUGACAGUUUGAUCGAUUUAUUCUUUCUCCAUAUCAACCCUCAAUGUCCGCUUUUCCAUCGGCCGACAUUUGAACGGCAGUGGCAGGAGGGUCUUCAACAAAAAGAUCCUUGGUUUGGAUGCCUUUGCUUGUCGCUAUUUGCUGUUGCUAGCCGCUGGUGCGACGAUCCACGCGUUUUGGAUGGUCACGAGUACGACAUCCCCGAGGCAGAGAUACCUGACGAGGGGUGCAAGUGGCAAAGAGCAGGUUGGAAGUACUUUAAUGCGGCAGUUGAUGUUCACCGCGAUUCUCGAAGCUUGUUCCAUCCCCCUGGCCUCUUUGAGGUGCAGACCAUGUCUUUGCUAGGCAUGUUUUUACGCGGUACCGCUUUUCAUCCAGUCGCAUGGCUCUUCAUUAGUAUUGGCCUCCGAAAAGCUCAGGACGUUGGUGCACACCGCAAGAAGAUCUACGGAGCGAAGCCAAGUGUUGAGGAGGAACUGUGGAAAAGAGCAUUUUGGGUGCUUGUGCUAUACGACCGGAUAGGAAGCGCUGCUCUUGGGCGUCCAUGUUGUUCGGGGGAAGAGGACUUUGACGUCGACCUUCCACUGGAAGUUGACGAUGAAUACUGGGAACCCGAAGAUCCCGAGAAAGCAUUUCAACAACCACCGGGAAAGCCAUCAAAGAUAGCAGCUUUCAAUUCCUACCUAAAGUUGACCAAGAUCUCGGCAUAUGCUCUAAGGACCAUUUAUGCCCUUGACAGGUCCAAGUUAUUGGUUAGUGCCGCGCGUCCGCGGUGGCAAGAGGUUUUGAAUCACCUUAGUACCGCAAUGACCGAAUGGGUUGACUCGGUGCCUCCUCACUUGCAAUGGUCACCUCACAUGGAAGAUCCAUACUUCGCUAACCAGUCGGUCACGCUGUACACCACCUAUUACCUCAUUCACAUCCUCAUUUACCGUCCCUUCUUGCCCGGCUCACUUCGCUCACUCUCUAAUUCUCCCCCGCACGCAAACAUGCCCGUCCCCUGCAUUGCUGUCUGUGUCAAUGCAGGAAAAUCGUGUGCGAAGAUACUUCGGUCGCAGAUACAGCAGGGUAUAUCCAAUGUACCCACGCUCAUAUGCGGGUCACACAUGUGUGCUGCGAUUCUUCUCAUGCACUUUUGGGACUUGAAAUGGCAAGAGCGCAAACAACUCCAGUCUGGUGGAACAGAAGAUGUGAAGCCGACGCUUGCGAUUGCGAUGGCGGAGCUUCUUGAAGACGUCUCUUUCUUCAUUAAAGUGCUUGAACAUGUGAAACCGCGAUGGAGAAAUGCCGAGAUAAAGGACCUUAGUACUUCAAUGCCGCACAGCCUUAACGGCUCUAGAAGCGAUAAUUGCAAAGCUAGCCUGUCACCCCAAAGUUACGGAGGAAAAGGCGACGCACGCACUUUGUUGCCACUACCAGAACAUCACGCCCAUUCUCGUCCUGCGCUGCCGCCGAUCACACCAUACCCAUACGUAACACCGGCCGAACCCGUCAACCGCAGCCCUCAGUGGUUCGACUUCCCGCACCUUACCAGACGUCCAGUUCCUGCAGUGCUACCCUUGUGGGCGUCCCAUGGACUACCGCAAAGUGGGGCAACCCCUUGGGGCUCUCAGAUCCAGACUCGUCCCCUGUCCCUACUGUCUUCCCAUCCUCAUAAUUAUGACGAUCCCGCCAUUCAUCAUCCCAUAGAAGGCAGGAAGGCCUCGGCCUCCAGCCUUGACUCUGGAAUAAUGAUAACUUCGAACCUGGUGCACAGACCUGACCCAAAAGUGCCACGUAGCGAGCGUCACGUAUCACGCCCGCAGUUUGAACCAGCAACCUGUUCACCAUUCAGUAAUUACGCCCAACAUAGUGGAAAUGGCCACAUGCGUGCCGACACUGUGCAUUAUCCAUAUGCCGCUCCUGCGGAAUCAAGGUACGAGUGGCCAGCAGCCGAGUGGGAGCAACCAUAUGGACCUCGUUCAUCGAUUGUCGGCCCUCCUCCACCUCGUCCCAGCCAGGCCCCGCACGCCAAAGGGGGUGAAUACUCCCAGGGACAUAUCCUUUCAUAUUCCGGGCACUAUUAA